AUGUGUUCUGAUUCUGGGGAGAUUGAAGUUAAAGGAAACAUUGAUUUUGAGGUCAAAGCUUUUUAUGAACUUAGAGUGGAGGCCCAUGAUAAAGCUUCUCCUCCCAUGACAACUAAUUGUAAAGUACUAAUUGAAGUCAUAGAUGUUAAUGAUAAUGCACCAGAAAUAGUAAUAACAUCAUUGCUGUCUUCUUUAAGGGAAGAUGCAAAAACUGGCACUGCUGUGGCUCUGGUCACAGUUUCGGAUAAGGAUGGUGCAAUGAAUGGAAAAGUGAGUUGUAAGCUGCUCGGAAAUGUACCUUUCAAACUCGAGUCUUCCUACAAUAAUUAUUACUCUGUUGUUUUGGAAGGCCAGCUUGACAGGGAAAACAUGUCCAAGUAUAAUGUAACCCUCUUAGCAGUAGAUGAAGGAACCCCACCACUUUCCAGCACCAGUGUAGUUUAUGUUGACAUUUCAGAUGUGAAUGACAAUCCUCCACAAUUUAACGAAAAAAUAAUUUCUGUCUAUGUAAAAGAAAACACUCCCCUAGGAACCCUCAUUCACACGAUGUCAGCAAUUGACAGAGAUUCGAAUGAAAAUGCUGAAAUUUCUUAUUCCAUUUUGGAUAACAAAACAACAAGCAUAAAUGCUGUUAGUGUUAACUCAUUGACAGGCCAGUUGUAUAACCUACAGUCUUUCAAUUUUGAAGAACAGAAAAUCCUUAGUUUCCAUGUUCGGGCAACAGACUCCGGUGUUCCUCCUCUGAGCAGUAAUGCCACUGUAAAUGUGUUUAUUCUGGAUGAGAAUGACAACAGUCCGGCUAUUUUACCACCUUAUUCUGAACCUGGAUCAGUUAAUAGUGAGAACAUUCCCUACUCUGCUGAAGCGGGAUACUUUGUAGCCAAGAUCAGAGCUGCUGAUGCUGACUCUGGAUAUAAUGCACUUCUGUCUUAUCAUCUAACUGAACCCAAAGGAACGAAUCUCUUCCGCAUUGGAAGCAGCACUGGAGAAAUAAAGACAAAGAGACGAAUGAGUGACAAUGACUUAAAAACUCACCCACUUCUUAUCACAGUGUCUGAUAAUGGAGAGCCAUCACUCUUUCAGAGCAGAUCAAACAGAUUGCCAUGA